GUCAGUUGUCUGUCAGGUGUGUUGUUCACUUCCUUUGAUUUGUUGUAUGCAACAACAGGCAGUGGGAAAAGCUAUACACCAACUAAUUAUAAUUCAUUUGCAAUUUAAGCAAUAUUUCAUUUUUAUUGCGAAUUAUAAAAGGAAAAGUGACUGGUUUCAGAGCUAUAAUUAUUAUUUAAAGGAGGAAUCUUAUUAUUGGGCAAUAUUUGCAUUUUUAGUUUGUAAUGUGUUUAAAAUCAUGACAAACUACUGGUGGAUGCAUUGGUUUUGGAUAACAUUUUAUUUACAUGUUAUUUCUGGGGAAACGCUGAUGAACACACUACAUUCCAUUGCAACUACUGAUUUGCCGACAGUAACCCUGGAAAAUUUUGAAAAAUCACUGUCCGAAAAUGCGACCUUUGAUCCGCCCAGUACCACAAGUAGUUCUAAGAGCAUAUCCAAGGCUUCAAAAAAUUUUACAAGUAUCAAAUAUGUUCCAACCCCAAAUAAAAAUUCAAUCAAAUCUAAGCUAAUGGAGUUUUCUGAAGAGAACAAUUCUAGUAGAGUAACUGACACCAAUAAGGAAUUAACUGUGAUAAAUACAAAUGUUAAUUUAACUGAAUAUCAGCCAGAUACAGAUAAUUUAACAUACAAUGGGGAAGAUAUAAACAAUAACCAAAGUCUUAUUCAGAACUCUGAGAGACUUGGAAUUGAGGAGGAAAUAACUGAUAUAGAAAAAACAAAUGGCAACCUAUCAGCAGCUGGUAUAACUGGUAUUACUUUAGGUUGCAUAAUUGUAGUUGGUGUGGUAUGUGUAGUAACAUUUUUUGUUUACCGCACCCACGGAUUUAAUAGGCCUCAAGUACUUAAUGAUAGAUGCAGUAAUCCAGACUCUAGUGGUUAUAUUGAUGAUGCUUCUGUUAGGGAUAAUUCAGAAGAGAUGUACAGUUUAGAUAAUGAUUCAUUUUUGAAUAGCCUAGAAGCAAUGACAAUUCAGAAUUACUGGACGGACACGGUUAAACAUACAAAACUGUAAAUGUGUUUUAUAUAUGUAAAUAAGUAUUUUAGAAUCUGUGAUGCAUAUCAAUGUAGGUCGCUCCUAAGUUUAUUUUGAAAAACAAGAUUGAAGUCCCUUUUUGCGGUUUUUUAUGUGUAUAAUUUAAAUAAAUUUGAAAUUCUUUACUGGCUUCCAAGAAAAUAUGUCUCUUUUUUAUCCACAUUAGUUAAUUGAAGUAAUUGAGCAUCAUUUCCAUAUUUCUGUUCAAAACUGGCAAAUCGUAAUGUUUCAAGAUUAUAGGUUUAAAACUACGUGGUUUUGUGAGCCUGUGGGUCAUUAAAAUCCACUUAUAUACCUAGAAUGAUUUAAAUGUUGUUUUAUAUCUUGUUUUUCGUAGUUAAAGCAGCAUCUAUUAUGUGAUUUUUUGUUACUUUUUACCUAUUUAUAGAAGCGUUUUUUGAAGUACAAAUUGUUCUAUUUUUUUGCUUUAAUUUUAUAUGUUAUACCUUUUUUAUAAUUCAUUUUUUGUUGUUUACUACAACCUUUCAGAAGUAAAGUUAAAUUAGUUUUUUCUAAAAUAAACUAAAAUUUUAUAAUAAUUAUAUCUAAGCUCACUAAUAAAGUAUACAAUCUUAGGAUGCUAUUUUUGUAACAUAGAGUAUAAUGUGUAAUAUUGUUAAAUUAAUAUUUGCAAUAAUUUUUUGUUAAUAAAGAAUUAGUUUUGUGAAGGUACAUGUAUAAAAUGUAAUUAAAAACAUACAAAAUACAGGCACUAAUUUAACUUUACUGGUAUAUUGUUUGUUGUUAUACGAUAGUGAACAGUAA